AGUGCAAAAGGAAGUGAAGUUGCUUAGUGCACUCAUUUUCGUCACCCUAUGAACAGAGUCAUCGAGACCUUUUUGGGUUCACUCAAGGAAAUCCGUUGAGGGGAGACUAGACGCAAAGACACGUGCGAGUGUGCCUCACUCGAUGGAAGGAGAUGCUACUAACCUUAUCUUGAGCUUUUUCCACUGUAAAAAAGUUUAUGAUCCUGGUGUGUGACCAUGACAAGAGUUGCGGUGAUCAAAAUUCUCCUCCUCGUGAUCCUCGCAUUCAUACUUUGUCUCCCAGAGUUCUUCACUUUACACAAAGUGUUGAAAGUGAAUUUCCAAUGCCUUUCAUACCGACUCUGUGAAGAAGGAAGUCAGGUGAAGGAAUGGAGGAAUGGAGGGCCAAGAAAUGCAGAAGAUGAGACGGAAGACAUUUGUGAUCCUUUGUCAACUUCAGUCCAUGAAGACUGGAUGCAUAUCUGUCAGCAGAAUAAUCAAAGCAGUUUAUUGGAUUUGGCCCUUAAAUCAUGGAAUUCUGAUCCAAAAACCGGCUGGAUCAUGUGUGAAACAGACAGAAAUAUGCAGGUAUUACACCUCAACUCAACCUCAGAUGUGGAGUUACUUUUGGAGGUGUCACUGGAACUUCAGCUUAGUCAAACAGAGAAUCUCUCUCUGACUUUGUAUGGCCAUAGUAAUCAAAGCUUCUUAAAACUCCAUCUUCCUGAAGAGAGAGGAGUUGAUGGAGGCAAUGAUGAAGGCCAGAGGGAGGUUUUCCACUGCUGUCUCCCUCUGCUGCCCACAUCUAAAUCAUCCAGUCAAAGCCGCUGUCUCCUAUGGCUCGCCAAUCAAACUCUUUUGAACGGAACAGCAAAAGAAAAGCUGCCAUGGAAACGGAUGCAGACAGAUGAAUGGCGCUGUGUGUACCGGGCGAUUUGGUUGGCUCUACUGUGUGUGGUUUUGCUCAUUUGCCUUAUAGCUGUGAUUGGACAAAUCCCCAAGGUCAUCAGAUUAAAAAAAAAACCCAAGGUGCAGUCCAGUGAUUACAACUCUACAAAUCUGCGAUUAAAUGGUGUUAAUAAGCAAACAAAAACCACAACCUUUGCAGACAUCCAAUCCAAUCCGUUUUGGCCUCUGUUUGGGUUGUCACCAAUUCCAGAAGAUAUCAUUCAAGAAGAUCUGAUGUAUGAAGAUGCUGACCACAGCUACACUGGCAAUCUGCACCAUCGCGGGCAUCAGCCAUCCUCCUCCCUCACAGAGGACUGGCUGCCAAUCAAGCACCCGAAAGGUUUACCAGCAAGACAAGCUCAUGCUUUUCACGAUUAAACUAAUAUUUACGAGAAAUACAAAGAUGAUGGAAAAACAUUGUUUACGUAUAUACAGUACAUGAUCUUAUUUUGUAUUUUUUUUCUACUCUUUUUUUUUUGGGGGGGGGGGGGG